AUGUUGUCGGCAAUAUCGUGGGUCCCGCGCGGCGCGGCGAAACCGUUCCCCAAAACAGCGGAGCUCGACGAGGAGGAGGUCGCAGAGGUGCGCCGCCGCGCAGAGGGCGUCGCCGCCGCCGCUGCCGCCGUAGCUGGAGGCGACGCCGACGCUGAGGACGGCGAAGAGAGGGACGCGGAGAAUGACGAAGACGCGACAAUGGAAGAGGAGGAGGAAGAGGAAGAGGGGAGUGAGGAGGAAGGGGAGGCGGACGGAGAGGAGGCAGCGGCAGCGGCAGCGGCGUUGGCGGCGGAGAUCCGGAAGGCGAAGAAGGGCCAAUCGGCGGAUGACAGGCUGGCAGACGAGCUUGCUGAGCUGGACAUGGACCACUACGACGACGAGGCCGACGCGGCGCCGAACCUGUUCGGCACGGGGAAGGGCAUCGGCGCGGCGUAUUACCGAAGCAACGACGAGGAUCCGUACCUGACCAAAGCGGAAGGUGCGGAGGACGAGGACGACGAGGACGAGAUCGAAGAUCUCACCAUACGCGAUACAGACUUGCUCAUUCUCGCGGCGCGGAACGAGGAUGACGUCAGCUUCAUCGAGGUGUGGGUGUGCGAGGAGCAGCAGAGGCAGGAGGGGGAGGAUGGCGAUGACGUGGCACAAAACGACAAGGAGCUCAACAUGUAUGUGCACCACGAUAUCAUGCUCCCCGCCUUCCCGCUCGCUCUCGCCUGGAUGGAUUUCAACCCCUCCGCCGCUGCCGCGGCCGCCGCAGCCGGGUCUUCCGCCGCCGCGAUUGCCGCCGCGGGCGCCGGUGCGAGCGUCCUGGCGCCAGGAAACUUCGUGGCAGUUGCGACGAUGGACCCUGCUAUCGAAAUCUGGGAUUUAGACGUUCUAGACGAGGUCGAACCCGCCGCGUCCUUAGGAGGCUUCGUGACUACAGCGGGCGGCGCGGGCGCUGAUGGGGAAGAGGACGACGAAGAGGAGUGGGAGGAGGUGGAGGAGGAGGAGGAGAUGGAAGUGGGCGGCGGGGGUUCAGGGCCUAAGAAGGGUUCAAAGGGCAAGAAAGGGAAAAAGGACAAGGGCGGAAAGAAAGGAAAGAAGGGCAGAGAGAGGGAGCCGGAAAAGCGCGGAAGCAGCAACAAGGGGAAAAGUCAGGGAAAAACAUCAGCAGCAGCCGCAGUUCUGAAGGAGGGGAGUCAUAAGGGGGCGGUGAUGGCUCUGUCGUGGAACCGCGAGUACCGGAGUGUGCUGGCGAGUGGAGGCGAGGACAGGCGGGUGAAGGUGUGGGACAUGGCGGCUCAGCGCUGCGAUCGAACGCUCAAGCCGCACACCGGCAAGGUGCAGGCGGUGGCGUGGGCGCCUCUCCACGCCACGAGUCUACUGUCUGGGUCGUUUGACCGCUCUCUCGCCCUGAGAUGGCAGCUCAAGCCACACACGGGAAAGGUGCAGGCCGUGGCCUGGGCGCUCCUGCAUGCUGCCGUGGCCUGGGCGCUCCUGCAUGCUGCCGUGGCCUGGGCGCUCCUGCAUGCUGCCGUGGCCUGGGCGCUCCUGCAUGCUGCCGUGGCCUGGGCGCUCCUGCAUGCUGCCGUGGCCUGGGCGCUCCUGCAUGCUGCCGUGGCCUGGGCGCUCCUGCAUGCUGCCGUGGCCUGGGCGCUCCUGCAUGCUGCCGUGGCCUGGGCGCUCCUGCAUGCUGCCGUGGCCUGGGCGCUCCUGCAUGCUGCCGUGGCCUGGGCGCUCCUGCAUGCUGCCGUGGCCUGGGCGCUCCUGCAUGCUGCCGUGGCCUGGGCGCUCCUGCAUGCUGCCGUGGCCUGGGCGCUCCUGCAUGCUGCCGUGGCCUGGGCGCUCCUGCAUGCUGCCGUGGCCUGGGCGCUCCUGCAUGCUGCCGUGGCCUGGGCGCUCCUGCAUGCUGCCGUGGCCUGGGCGCUCCUGCAUGCUGCCGUGGCCUGGGCGCUCCUGCAUGCUGCCGUGGCCUGGGCGCUCCUGCAUGCUGCCGUGGCCUGGGCGCUCCUGCAUGCUGCCGUGGCCUGGGCGCUCCUGCAUGCUGCCGUGGCCUGGGCGCUCCUGCAUGCUGCCGUGGCCUGGGCGCUCCUGCAUGCUGCCAGCCUUCUGUCUGGGUCGGGUCCUUUGACCGCUCCCUUGCUCUGGUGGGUGGGCGCUCUCAUCUGCAGACGAGCCAAGGCGGACGUCCGUUCGCCCGAUGCUACAGCGCUGCGGUGUGGCGUCUCUGCAAGCUUAUCACCCCCUCCCUCUCCCCCUCUCCCCCUCUCCCCCGCUCCUCCUCUCUCCCAGACCGAUGUCCGGUCGCCCGAUGCUACAGUGCUGCGGUGGGGCAUCUCUGCUGACGUGGAGGCUCUUGCGUGGGACCCUCACGACAGCACGCGCUUCGUCGUCUCUUCUGAGGACGGGCUCAUCUGCUGCCACGACACGCGGGCAGGCAGCAGCAACGCCACCGCCGCCCCAAUCGCCAGCUCGGCGUCGGCACUUUCGUCUUUUCCGAACGCUCUCUUCACAAUCCAUGCGCACACCAAGGCGGCAUGCACUGUGUCUUGGAACCCUAGAAUCCCGAACCUACUUGCGUCAGGUUCGACUGACAAGACUGUGAAGCUGUGGGACCUAUCAGGGAACCAGGCUCGGUGCUUGGAGUCGUCAAACCCGAAGUUGGGAGCGGUUUUCUCAGUGGCGUUUUGUGCGGAUGCGCCUGGUUUCCUGGCAAUGGGUGGAUCGAAAGGGAAGCUCAAGGUGUGGGAUACCCGAAAGGUUGCUGAUGUGGGACAGAGGUUUAGAGUGGACGCCAAGGCGGUAUCGGCGUGGCAGUGGUGGCAGAUCGCCACGCUAUACACCAUGAAGCGGGGCAGCCAGACGGUGUCCGUCUCGUCGCAGGUCCAGUUCCGCAAGCGAGUAUUCGACAAGUAUUCACUUGGAAAAGUGAUCAAAGAGGACUUGGGGGGCGUCUGGCAAAUAAUCGACCAACAGCUGCGCACCCGGGCCCUUCCCAUCGACAGCUCAGCGCAGUACCUCGUGCUGACGAGUGCUGACGUGGCGCUGGGCGACCGGGAAAAAGGGUUCUGUGGGCGGUCAGGGUACUGCGGAUUCCACUCGUUCGCCACGGACGGCGUGAGCUACAUCAAAUACGGCUUCGUGGGCAACGGCGAGAAGUGCGGCACGCGGUGCAUGCGCACAGGGGGCAGCAAAAGAACGCCCAAUGGCAAGCGGGGAGUGGAUGGGAUGAUAAGCAUCGUGGCUCACGAGGUGGUGGAGACGGCCAACAACCCGCGCAUCGAGGGCGGGUGGUACGACGCACUGGGAGCGGAGAGCAGCGACAAGUGCAUGACUGAUUUCGGGCCCUCGGUGGCUGUAGGGGGGAAUGGGUACAGCUACAACAUGGUGGGGCAGGGCGGCAUGCAGUGGCUGGUAGAAAGUAACUGGCGACCCACUGAGCCGCAGGGGUGUGCCAUGACGCGGUACUGA